GAUUUUAAACAUAGUUUCUUUCUAACUGUUCCGGAAAGCAAUCAUGAAAUUCUUCAUCGUUUUAUUGGCCGCUUUGGCUUUGUUUACUCCUGCCUUUGGCAAGACAUUCACCCGCUGCUCCUUGGCUAAGGAAAUGUAUGCCUUGGGUGUACCAAAAUCCGAAUUGCCUCAAUGGACUUGCAUUGCUGAACACGAGUCGUCUUACCGCACCAAUGUUGUUGGUCCCACCAACUCGAAUGGCUCCAACGAUUAUGGCAUUUUCCAAAUUAACAACUACUACUGGUGUCAACCUGCCAAUGGUCGUUUCUCCUACAAUGAAUGCAAAUUAAGCUGUAACGAUUUGUUGACCGAUAACAUUAGCAACUCGGUUAAGUGUGCCCGCAAAAUCAAGUCCCAACAGGGCUGGACUGCCUGGUCUACUUGGAAAUACUGCAGCGGUAGCUUGCCCAGCAUUAAUGAUUGUUUCUAAAUGGGUUUUUUUCUGAUGAUGUUUAAACGAUAAUAAAUAAAUUUGAAAAGUAUUAGCAAA